AUGAAGAAUCUAGUAUUUACAAGAUAUUUCAACAAAGCGCACACUCCAGGAACGGUUAGGCCUGGACUCAAAGCCCCCUUCCGCCCUUCAAGAGGCACAGGUUUUGACUCCAAGGAAGAAGAGGAGCCAAGAAGAGUCCCCAAAAAGGAGCCUAUGGGAACGCCUAAACGCUCCCUCAGUUCCCUCACCCCCUUUGACUCCGGGUCUUCAGUGAAACGGCCCAAAAUGGAGUUACCGGACCCUUAUAAGGGGGACACCAGGGGAAGGAAGGCCACACAGUGGCUCGAUUGGAUGCUUCUUUGGGUUGCCCUCCACAGGGAUCAGUUUGAUGAGGAGGAACAGAUGGUGGUAUGGAUUUUAUACCACAUGACAGAUAAGGCCGCUGACUGGGCCCUCCCCAUUAUUGGGACAAUCAUCAAGGGCGAGGGAAAUCCUCCCACCACCAUAUCAGCCUUGACGGCCAAAUUUAAGGAAGCCUUUGCGGAUCCCGAUGCCAAGAGGGCAGCCGCCAGAAAGAUCGCCGCGCUGACUCAGACCACAACCACAGCUGAGUACGUCACCGAGUUCCGCAAUCUCAUGGCGGAACUUGACUGGAACACUGAGGCAUACAUUGCCCAGUUCACGCAAGGCCUUCACUGGAAGGUCAAGGAACUCCUAUCCACCAAGGAUCACGUCCCUGACAAUGACCUCGAGGCCAUAUUUGCUGCCUUGGUCAAAAUUGACAACAUCCGUCGGGAGAACAAGGAGAACCGACCCAAGAAGCUUCCUGCCAAGUCCCCGGUCACUGCGACCACCUCCACUUCCACCACCACCACUAGGGUUUGCUUAUCCGAGGACCCCAACUACGUCACACCAGAGGAACGAGAUUGCUGCCGCGCAGCAGGGCUGUGCGUUAAAUGCGGGCAAAAGGGGCAUGGGAUCAAACAGUGUCCCAACGGCUGGAAAGCCACAAUCAAGGAGGUUGUCAAGGUGGCAGAAGAAGAGGGUUCGGGAAAAGAUUGA